CGGCCGGCAAGCCGUCGAUAGACGGACUUCACCAAGUCUAAGUACAUCACGAUUGUGACUUCGUGGCGCGUUGAGCACACGUGAUACUGCCCUCUGUGCACGUGAUCCUCUUCUGGUAGAGUUGGGGGUGCGGAGAACAAUGAGCAGCAUUUCCAUAGUUCGUCGAGAUGAAGACUAAGAACAAACAAACAAAGUUCCCCGUUGCACGAAUCAAGAAGAUUAUGCAGAAAGAUGAGGAAGUCGGGAAGGUUGCGCAAGCUACGCCAGUGGUCAUUUCGAAAGCAUUGGAAUUGUUCCUGGCUAUGAUUGUGGAGGAGGCGGCUAAAGUCACGGUUGAACGGGGGGCAAAGAAGGUUGAAGCUUAUCACUUAAAGCAUGCGAUCGAAACAACAGAGAUGUUGGAUUUCUUAAAGGAAAUAGUUGAAUCUGUACCCGACCCUUCGGCGGGCGGUACCAUCGACCUACAAGCUGAGGCAGCAGAAAACGCGAAGCGAAAGAGGAGCAAAGCGAAGAAAAACGGGGUGGCAUCUGGGGAUGGCCCAAAGAGGCGGCGGAAAAAGAAAGAGGAUGUUGACAUGGAGGGUGUGCCAGAAGAGACGAUGGGAGAAGUAAAGUCUGAGGAAGGAGAUCCUCGAAUGGAAGACGAUGAUGAUGCCCGUGAAGAGUCAUCGUCUCGUCCCCGGCACCGACGGAGUGAUGAUGGCGAGGAUGACAUGCCAUACGUACCGCGGUGACAAAGGUGUUCGGUGUGAAGUGUGCGCUGUAACAGCUUUGUGAUAUUUAUCAUUCUCAUCAUAUCCCAUAUCCCUUCGUCCAUCAUAUCUGACCAGUUGUACUGUACAGCAUAAUCUAGGACCUACACAAGUUCUGCCUCCCCUCGAGCAACCAAUUGCUCCACCACCGAAUACGGGGUCAAAGAUAUAUGUCCUUUCCGCAUAUCUAAUGCGGUCCCACUGUAGUCUGAUUAGAGAAAUCGACGUCGGUCAAUAUUCAGCAACAUACUCUGGCAGCCGCACUGGUGGACAGUCCUGUCGAGCAAGUACAAAGACUGCACGACCCUUAUCUGGUUCAGUAACUAGAUGCUAUUGUGAGUACCACUCUUCUCGGUGAAACGUUGACGUCCAUACCCAUAGAAGGUACAAAAGGAGGU